AACUGUUUUGUAACUAAAAAUAAUUGUUUCGUAUUAAUUAUUUAUUACAUUUAAUCAUAAUCAUAUUUGAAUUUAUCUUUAUAAUAAUGAGUAAUAAGGCAGCAAAAGUGGCAGAAUUAUUUACAAAAACCAUGGCAACAACAAGAUGUUUUGAUCAAAACUUACGUAAGGUCAAAGUUGUAUGUUGUACAAAUGGAAAAUUAGUUACUGAAUUUCAAGUAGGGCCUGAACAUCUCAAUCAGAGAGGAACUCUUCAUGGAGGUUUUAUAGCACAUUUAGUUGAUGCCAUAUCAACAUAUGCUUUAACAGCAAAUGAAACAGUUGAAACACGAGGCGUGUCUAUUGAUUUAAGUAUAAGUUAUUUAAAUGCUGCAAGAGAGGGUGAACACGUGGAAGUGGAGGCUGUCACCAAAAAAUUAGGGAAAAAGAUAGCGUUUCUUGAAGUUGAAGUUAGGAAUAAAACAAAAAAUCAAUUAUUGGCAAUAGGGCGUCAUACCAAAUAUGUUGGUAUUUAAAAAAAAUAUUAUUUAUUUUAUUUUACCUAAAUGUGAUAUAUUAGAAUAGUAUAACAUAGUAUAAAGUGAAGUUAUCAUACAUUUUAAAUCUGCUUUGUCCAUGUCACUCUGAUGUUAUAUGUAACAAAACUUGGUAAUAUGUUAUGAGUUCAAUCAUUAGCUUUAUUUUAUCUAGCUGGUUCCUGUAAUCUAUUCAGUGCAAUAAUACACAAAACUAUGACUAAGAUAUAUUUCUAAAUAAAUAUUUUGUGUAUCACA